AUGAAGCAGUCCUGCGUCGGGCUCAUGGCAGCGGCCCUGUUCCGCGUGACGGCCGCGCAGAGCACGACGCUGACGCUCGUGCCCACGCCCAUAUCGGUGUCGUCUGCGUCGGUGGCGUGGACGGCCGGGCCGCCGUCAUCAAUCUCGCUGGCCGCUGCAUCCCCGGUACCAUCGGCGUCGUCUGCCGCCGGGCCUGCUAUCUGCGGGCAAGGCUUUACGUACUGCGGAUACAUCCUGCGCGACCACCAGAACUUUAAGGAAGAAGACAUCGUUAAGGCCUACUGCGCGGGCAACAAGGAGAACUGCGCCAACGGCAAGACCAAGACGGACCCCAUCCAGGCCCUGUACGUGUGCCUGCCGCCGUCGGCGAACCCGAAGCCCAAGGCGAAGCGGAUCAAGGGGCGGCAGAUCACCACCACGGUCAUCAUCGGCGGCGACGGGCUGCCGGUAUCGCUGUCGUCGUCGGUAGCGGCGGCGGCGGCGGUGACGUCCACGGUCACGGCGGCGGCGUCGUGGGGCGUGUCGCCCGUGUCACCGCUGGUGCCCGUGUCGUCGUCGGCGUCGGCCGUCGGCGGCGUGCUGGCCAACGGCGACGGCUCGUGCUCGGCCGCCACGGCCACCGUCGGCAACCGCCUCGAGCUGCUGUGCUCGUGCGGCGGCCAGUGUCUCAACCCCCUGGCCGACCACAUUGGCCGGUGCGACGUCCCGUGCUCGUAAAAAAGGCUUUUUUGUGUCUGUCUGACAAGAAAGUCAGCCCCCCUGUGCGAAAAAGGAAGAGAAGAAAAGGACCCCGGGAGGGCUGACCAGGGAGAGAAGCAAAAUAGAGUCCAACUGAAGGAUGAUGGGAUGUUUGUUCUCUUUCAGUCAAUGUUUGAAGGAAACAGAGAAAAAGGGGGCUAGCCGUUCCUUUGAGCCAAACAACUCUCCAGCCCGCCUUUAGCCAUACCUUCACGUCCAAUCGUUUUGCCACUUCCUUAGAGAAAGGGGCAUGCGUGCUUGUCUAUCUGUCCACCAGAUUAGUUACCGUCAGUGGGUAGGCAGCUAGAUCCCAGUCCAGUAAUAGAAUGUAAAACCUCACCCCCAAGCGUCUCUCUGUCUUCUACGGAGCAAAUACUGCCUUUGAAGAAAGCCACAAAC